AUGGAGCAAACCUACACAUUUACAAUUGAAUCCAAAAAACAAAAUAUAGAUGCCCUUACUGAAGAAUAACAACAAGAAUUCAAAACUCAUGCAGACGAAUGCCAAAUUAUAGUCUUAAAAGGCAAUAGUUACUCAAAACAAUUUUUCAAUCAAUUCUCAGAGUACAUCACAUCAGCCAAACAAUUGCAAAAAAUCAAUGGAAAUGAUAUCUUCGUUGGCAAAGGAAAAGAUGAAAUCCCUCAAUCAUUACAAAUCCUAGGAAAUAGUCUCAUCGGAUUAAACAUCUUGAGUCUUGAUCUAUCCAACAAUGCAGUCAACCCAUUCGGUGCUGAGGCAUUAAAACCCUUCCUUAAAUAAGCCCACUAAUUGCAAAAGCUAUUCCUCAAUAAUUGUGGUCUAGGCAUCAGAGGUGUCACUUAAAUCUCAGAAGGAUUAUAAGAAGGAGAACACAAUCUACAGAUUUUGGCUAUCGCAAGAAAUAGAGCCGAAUGCGACGGUGCCAUUGAAAUAUCUAAAGCAUUCCCAACAUGCAAAAAACUAUAAGAAUUACACAUCUAUUAGAAUGGCAUCAAAUAAAAAGGCAUGAUUGAAUUGCUAUCAUCACUAAAUAAAAACUGCACUGAAUUAACAACCAUUGAUAUUAGAGAUAACUUUGUUCAUGAAGCAACAACUUAAGUCUUAAGCGACCUCAUAACUAAUUGUUCUCAUUUGACAGCUAUCAACAUAUCAGAUUGCAACAUCUAAGGAAAAUAAAAUAAGCAAAUCUUGGAGGCUUUAACUAAACUAGUCAAAAUAGAAAGAUUGGGUUACAAUUAUGCUGAAUUAAAUGAUGUCUAGGGAAAUGAACUAUAUGACAUUAUUGUUAAAUAAGUUGAGAAUGUUUCAAAAUUGGAAUUGAAAGGAAACGAGUUCAAGAAAACUACAAAAUAAAAGUUUAAGGAAUUAUUCGCAACUAAGGAGAAGGUUCUUGGAGCAUUCGAUAGUGAUGAUGAAGAUGAGGAAGAGGCAGAUGAAUUGUAAAAGUUAUUUAGUCAGUUGGUUAUUUGAAAUUAUGAAUAAUAUGUUUAAUAAUAUUAUGUAAUUAAUGAUUU